GCGGGAUGUUUUGGGGGGCGGGGGUCCCGAUGACGGCAUCGGAGCGCGCCGCGCGGAGGCUCGGAGCCUAACGGCACCGGCGGGGGACGGUGCUCCCAUCCAAGCAGGCCCCCACCCUCGCACCAUGGGGCUGGAGACCCAGAGGCUGCCGGUGGCCGAGGAGGCGCCAGUGAGGGUGGGCCUGCGCGUCCGCCCGCUGCUGCCCAAGGAGCUGCUGCACGGCCACCAGAGCUGCGUGACGGUCGAGCCCGAGCACCGCCGCAUCACCCUCGGUCGAGACCGCCACUUUGGCUUCCACGUGGUGCUGGAUGAGGACGCCGGGCAGGAGGCCGUGUACCAGGCCUGCGUGCAGCCCCUCCUCGAGGCUUUCUUUGAGGGCUUUAAUGCCACCGUCUUUGCCUACGGCCAGACAGGAUCCGGGAAGACGUACACCAUGGGGGAGGCCAGUGUGGCCUCCCUUCACGAGGAUGAGCAGGGCAUCAUCCCGCGGGCCAUGGCUGAAGCCUUCAAGCUGAUCGAUGAGAACGACCUGCUGGACUGCCUCGUGCACGUGUCCUACCUGGAAGUGUAUAAGGAAGAGUUCCGAGACCUGCUGGAGGUGGGCACUGCCAGCCGAGACAUCCAGCUUCGGGAGGAUGACCGGGGAAAUGUUGUGCUGUGUGGCGUGAAGGAGGUAGACGUGGAGGGCCUGGACGAGGUGCUGAGCCUCCUGGAGAUGGGCAACGCAGCGCGGCACACGGGGGCCACACACCUCAACCGCCUGUCCAGCCGCUCACACACUGUCUUCACCGUGACCCUGGAGCAGCGGGGGCGCGCCCCCAGCCGCCUACCCCGACCCACCGCGGGCCAGCUGCUGGUCUCCAAGUUCCACUUCGUGGACCUGGCGGGCUCAGAGAGGGUGCUCAAGACGGGCAGCACAGGCGAGCGGCUCAAGGAGAGCAUCCAGAUCAACAGCAGCCUCCUGGCGCUGGGCAACGUCAUCAGCGCCCUGGGUGACCCCCAGCGCCGCGGCAGCCAUAUCCCCUACCGGGACUCCAAGAUCACCCGGAUCCUCAAAGACUCACUGGGCGGGAACGCCAAGACGGUGAUGAUCGCCUGCGUCAGUCCCUCCUCCUCCGACUUCGACGAGACCCUCAACACCCUCAACUACGCCAGCCGCGCCCAGAACAUCCGCAACCGCGCCACGGUCAACUGGCGGCCCGAAACCGAGCGCGCCCCCGAGGAGGCCGUGGCCGGCACACGGGGGCCUCCGCGCCACCGCUCGGAGACGCGCAUCAUCCACCGCGGCCGGCGCAUCCCCGGCGCCGCCAACGCCCCCGCCCUCGCCCCAGCCCCUGCCGCCGCCGCGGCCGCUGCCGCCGCGCGUCUGGGCGCGGAGUGCGCGCGCUACCGGGCCCGCACCGACGCCGCCUACAGCCUCCUGCGCGAGCUGCAGGCCGAGCCCGGGCUGCCCGGCGCCGCGGCCCGCAAGGUGCGCGACUGGCUGUGCGCCGUGGAGGGCGAGCGCAGCGCCCUGAGCUCCGCCUCCGGGCCUGACAGCGGCAUCGAGAGCGCCUCCGCCGAGGAGCAGGCCACGCAGGGGCCCGGCGGGCAGACGGUGGCCAAGGGCCAGGACGAGGACGGGGCAGUGCAGCUUCUUGCACUGCAGAGCCAGGUGGCCCGGCUGGAGGAGGAGAACCGAGAUUUUCUGGCCGCGCUGGAGGACGCCAUGGAGCAGUACAAACUGCAGAGCGACCGGCUGCGGGAGCAGCAGCAGGAGAUGGCAGAGCUUCGGCUGCGGCUAGAACUGGUGCGGCCUGGCUGGGGGGCCCCAGGGCUCCUGCAGGGUCUGCCUCCUGGGUCCUUUGUGCCUCGGCCUCACACAGCCCCUCUGGGGGGUGCCCACAGCCACGCAUUGGGCAUGGUGCCUUCUGCCUGCCUUCCUGGAGACGAAGUUGGCCCCGAGAACUGGGGAGAGCAGGUGACAAAUGGCAGAGAGGCGGGAGCCAAGGUGGAGGCAGACGGGCCCGGAAGUGGAAGCGGCUCAUCGGCGGAGGAGGAGGAGGAGCAAGCGUCGGAGCCGCCGCGGACCCUGCACCUGCGCAGAAACGGGAUCAGCAAGUGGAGCCAGAGGGUGGGGGCCUGCCCAGAGAGUCCACUCGACAGGAAGGGCCCAGAGCUUAACCUUGAGGAAGUGGGUGCAGCCAUCCCAGGGCCCAGAGUCAGUGGUGAGAGCAAGGCCCCGGCUCGACCCCGUCAGACCCCAGCUGCCAUGGCGUCUGAGUGGCGGCUGGCCCAAGCCCAGCAGAAGAUCCGAGAACUGGCCAUCAACAUCCGCAUGAAGGAGGAGCUCAUUGGCGAGCUGGUCCGCACCGGGAAGGCGGCCCAGGCCCUGAACCGCCAGCACAGCCAGCACAUCCGGGAGCUGGAGCAGGAGGCAGAACAGGUGCGGGCUGAGCUGAGCGAAAGCCAGAGGCAGCUGCGGGAGCUCGAGGGCAAGGAGCCUCAGGACGCAGGCGAGCGCUCCCAGCUCCAGGAGUUCCGCAAGAGGGUCGCCGCCGCCCAGAGCCAGGUGCAGGUGCUGAAGGAGAGGAAGCAGGCGACGGAGCGGCUGGCGUCGCUGUCGGCGCAGCGCGAGAAGCGGCUGCAGGAGCUCGAGCGGCACGUGCAGCUCAUGCGGCAACAGCAGGGGCAGCUGCAGCGGCGGCUGCGCGAGGAGACGGAGCAGAAGCGGCGCCUGGAGACCGAGAUGAACAAGCGGCAACACCGCGUCCAGGAGCUGGAGCGGAGGCACGAGCAGCAGCAGAAGAUCCUGAAGAUUAAGACGGAAGAGAUCGCGGCCUUCCAGCGGAAGCGGCGCAGUGGCAGCAACGGCUCCGUGGUCAGCCUGGAGCAGCAGCAGAAGAUCGAGGAGCAGAAGAGGUGGCUGGAUCAGGAGAUGGAGAAGGUCCUGCAGCAGCGGCGGGCCCUGGAGGAGCUGGGGGAGGAGCUCCACAAGCGGGAGGCCAUCCUGGCCAAGAAGGAGGCCCUGAUGCAGGAGAAGACGGGGCUGGAGAGCAAACGCCUGCGGUCCAGCCAGGCCCUCAGCGAGGACAUCGUGCGCGUGUCCAGCCGGCUGGAGCACCUGGAGAAGGAGCUAUCGGAGAAGAGCGGGCAGCUGCGGCAGGGCAGCGCCCAGAGCCAGCAGCGCCUGCGCGGGGAGAUCGACGCCCUGCGCCAGGAGAAGGACUCGCUGCUGAAGCAGCGCCUGGACAUCGACGGCAAGCUGAGGCGGGGCAGCCUGCUGUCGCCCGAGGAGGAGCGGACGCUGUUCCAGCUGGACGAGGCCAUCGAGGCCCUGGACGCGGCCAUCGAGUACAAGAACGAGGCCAUCACGUGCCGCCAGCGGGUGCUGCGGGCUUCGGCCUCCUUGCUGUCCCAGUGUGAGAUGAACCUCAUGGCCAAGCUCAGCUACCUCUCGUCCUCAGAGACCAGAGCCCUGCUCUGCAAGUAUUUUGACAAGGUCGUGACGCUCCGGGAAGAGCAACACCAGCAGCAGAUUGCUUUCUCCGAGCUGGAGAUGCAGCUGGAGGAGCAGCAGAGGCUGGUGUACUGGCUGGAGGUGGCGCUGGAGCGGCAGCGCCUGGAGAUGGACCGCCAGCUGACCCUGCAGCAGAAGGAGCACGAACAGAGUGUGCAGCUGCUGCUGCAGCAGAGCCGAGAUCACCUCGGGGAGGGGCUAGCGGACAGCAAGAGGCACUACGAGAGCCGGAUUCAAGCCCUGGAGAAGGAGCUGGGCCGCCACAUGUGGAUGAACCAGGAACUGAAGCAGAAACUCGGUAGCUGGAGCGCCGCCGGCCCGAGCAGGGUGCCAGGUGCGGAGAAGAGGACGCUGUGCCUGGAGAGCAGACCGCCCCCCGCGACCGAAGAGGAGCUCCCCGCCGCGCCCGAGCUGCUCCGGCCACAGCCCCUCCCCGACGGUGCCCCCCGCGCCCGGGAAGAGGUGCGGGACUUGGUCCGGGCCCCGCUCCCGCUGACGUGGAAACGGUCGAGCCUGUGCGGUGAGGAGCAGGGAUUGAUGGAAGAGGCGCGGCCGCGGGAGGCCCCCGAGCCUCUGGCAGGGCGGGUGCACCCCGGCACGGAGGUGGCUUUGCCCUGGAACUUUGGGGCCCUGGCCAAAGCCCGGCGGGAUCUGCGCAGAGCCAGCCCGGGAAUGAUUGACGUCAGGAAAAACCCCCUGUAGGCUCGUGGGCAGAGCCCGCCUUGGGUGGGGGGACAACCCUCUGAGCCCCCUGCGCAGUCCCGCUGCUGGCCUCUGCUUCUGGGAAGGACAGUCUUGAUUUCCCACCGCAGAUCCAGGUCCUAUCUUGACCCAAUUGGAGUCUACAAAUUCCGACUACAGCCCAAAUGAAUGGGACUCAAUUUUUUAAAUAUGGAGACUCAUGCCCCCUUUUUCCUUUGAGCUAUGGUACCAUAUUGCCAUCUUUUGGCUUGAGAGUUUGCAAAAGGCACUUGUGGCCUCAAGCCUGCAUCUGUGUGCCUGUCGCUCUGGGGUUCAGCCAGCGCCAGACCCAGAACCGUCAGUGGCAUCGGGGUAGGGUUUUAAAUGGUCUUAGGUUUAUGGUGGGAAUGGGGAAGCUUUGCCUAUUUUUAAAGUUUUGUAAAACCAUUUUAUAAUAAAUGAGUGACUCUG